AAGCGCGCGCGCACGUGAGCUUCCUCCUUGGCGCCAGCCCUCGGGCUCCGCUGCCGCCGGCCAUGGGUCGCUCCCGCCGGACCGGCGCGCACCGGGCGCACUCCCUGGCCCGCCAGAUGAAGGCGAAGCGGCGGCGGCCGGACCUGGAUGAGAUCCACCGCGAGCUGCGGCCCCAGGUUCUCCCACGGCCCCGGCCGGACGCGGGUGCCCAGCCAGACCCGGACCUGCCGGGGGGCGGCCUGCAUCGCUGCCUGGCCUGCUCGAGGUACUUCAUCGACUCCGCCAACCUGAAGACCCACCUCCGAUCCAAAGACCACAAGAAAAGGCUAAAGCAGCUGAGCGUGGAGCCCUACACUCAGGAAGAGGCUGAGAGGGCAGCGGGUAUGGGCUCCUAUGUGCCCCCCCAGCGGCUGGCAGUGCCCACCGAAGUAUCCACUGAGGUCCCUGAGAUGGACACGUCUACCUGACAUGGCCCGCAGGUGCAGGGCAGAGCCGCCGCCCACGGACAGUGAUGCAGGGCUAGGCUGGAAGGGACUGUGCCAUCCUUUUUUGGCCCUGAGUUUGCAAGUGGAUGCCCUCCGCUCAAAUAAAGGAACUGGAUAAAGA